AUGCAAGAUAUGGCUUCACACGGUGAGUUUUGUACUUUUAUUUCCGCUGUUCUUUUAUUGUUUUUGUCGUUUAUAAAGUUUAUAUUGCAAAUUACAAAUAUAUUUAGUAAAAUAUUGUGUGCGGCACAACACUUGCUAACUUGCUAGCGUCGUUCGUUUUUUGAAAAUAUUGAAAAGUAAAAACUGAAUAUAGAAUGACUCAUAAGAAGAGAAAAAAUUUAAUUUUAAUGUUUUUAUAACUGUUUGUUUUAAACUGAGUUUCUUUUUCGUUUAUGAUUUCAGAUUCGUAUCUUGAAUGUUUCACUUGCGGCAAAUCGUUUGUGCACGCGACAACUUUGCGCGAACACGAAAAUUAUUCAUGUCAGGCAUGCGUUUUGUUCGUAUGUAUUCCGUGUGGAUUGACUUUUGACAGUAACUGGUUUCUGGACCAACAUCUCAUACGGCACAAACGUCGAGGAAGUGUGCUAUUCAGCAAGGAAGGUAGGUUUUUAACCCGGGUUCGGUCAGACAGAAGCCGGCCAGAUUUUCGGCAUCUCUGAUUUUACGUUUUGCUUUCCUAUUCACAUUUAGACUACAAAUGCGAUCGAUGCAAAACCCCAUUCAUCUCUCCUUUCACCCUAGCUACCCAUCAACUCUACUCAUGUCCCGCAACUUGCGAAUUCAUGCUACGAAACCUGCCCGAAAGUACUACGACUUACAGCGAAAAUGACCCAGGAUCUUCGGAUGACGAAGGCAAGCUGAAAAUCGUUGAGAAUGCUUUUGAGGGUAAAAAAAGCAAGUUUUUGAAUAGAAAGAAUUCAAAGAGUAAAAAAGUGGUCGAAAAAGCACCAAACGCAAAUAAGAUUGAGGCUUUGAAGCGAGCUUUGAAGCAAAAAAAUAUCGAAACUAUUUACAAGAACAAAAAAAUUGAAAAUAAAAACAGGGAUAGCGAAAUAAGCACUGUUAGUUUUAGUAAGGACAACGGAAGUAGUCUUAAAGCUAACCAACGCGUAAAAGAUUUAAAGUUUUUAAACGCAACUUUAAAUUUUGGCACAAGCAAUGAAAACGGUGUUUCUACAAACGAAGUACUAAAAACUAUCAAAAAAGAAACGGAAUUGAUCAAUAUUACCAACGAAAAAGAGUGUCGUAGCUCAAUUGAAUUACUAGGAAAAGAAUUGAGCGUAACUCAAAGUUCAAACACAAGUAAAAACAACGAACUUUCGUGUACUAAAAAGAAGACUGUGCCAAAGGACGUCAAACUGAGUAACUCCGUGCAGGAAGAGGAACGUCCUUUAAAAGUGGUCUUAAAGAUUAAAAAUAUUGCUGAAAAUGCAGCGCCACCAGAUCAAACAAAUGAAACUAAUUUCGCAAACGUUUCCACCACGAAUGUCAUUGACAACAGUCAGGCUACCCUCAUCACCACAACUAAAAAUUCCACUACGAAAGGGGCAAUUGGCAAGGCUGUCGCGAGUACUAAAGAGAUUGUAAAAGUAAUUAGCAAUUCGUGCGUAAAUAAGGACGUUUUUGGAGAAGAACGAGGGACAGAAAAUGCGGCGAAAGUGUUUAACGACG